UGUGGUACCUUAGGUAGUUAUCCUUUCUAUGAGCUUCUCGAUUGGUAACCUCACUACGUACGAGUUUUGAUUAAUACGUGGUUCGCCUAUCAUGCAUCUUUAUGCCAACCCGGACCGAAGGCGUUUUUUAUGGCUUGUCACUGGAGCAUCGUGGCGGAAGCUGGAAACUGUAAAAAGCCCACUUCAUUUGGCCUGUUCAGCCUUGCUUCGCGUUUUAUAUCUACUUUAUAUCUCGUAAACUUUAGGACGACUGUUUGAGUUGACUUUGGAAUUCCUAGCUGCUCUUAUUAGCGUUUCGACGUUAUUAUAAUGUCUCAAGUCAGCUGUCGGGGGUGCUCUGCUAUCUCCGUACUUCAGUGGAAUUCAGGUACGCCAUCACAUCUGACAGGUGAGGCCUCGCUUACAUAUGUAUCUCGCAGCGAAUAACCAUUGGCAUCAGCGCCGGGUUUAUAGCAAUGAAUUCCAUAGCAAUGAUGGUUGCCAGGCGAUAUACGCAGAAUCACAGAUUUGUAUAAUUCUUGCGAGUGCCAACGAGAUUCGCGCAUGUCUCUCGUGCCGAGAUUCUUUCACCAAGGCAUUCUCUAUUCCUCCGAUAUGGUGGUCAGAUUACUGCCGAAACUCGAAUGGGUAUCUUGGAAGUGAUAUAAGUAGACAUAAUGGGGUUAUCACGGGGUUCAGUACGUGGGCUUAUUUCGAGGUUAAGCAUUUGGAUGCUAAGAUGCAGUAUCAAUGGCAUAAAAUGAACAUAUUUAUACGAUGGCUGGCCCCUACAAAGCAGACAAUCAUACUCGCUUUCGAUACGCGGUCUCCGAUCGUAGAGCGCAUACCGGAUUCGCUUCAGAAUCCGGACUCCAACUGUCUCGGUGAUCCGUUUUGGGUUUACGCCCGGUUAGCCAGCGACGUGGUGGACCUCCAAGACUCUGCCGUCUGGGCCAUUCGUAACCAGGUGAGGGCAAUAGAGACGGAGAGGAAGCCGAUAGGCAAGCCACAGCCGGACUACAGACAUCUUCACGAUGUCGCUCGACACGCUAUCCACGUAACCGAGUCUCUCAAUGUUGCUGCUGAAAGCAUGGGAGGUAUUCUGGAACAGCACGAUGAAUUCUUAAGCCAGAACUUCCCAACCCCGAUGAUACAGACCGACGCCUCGGAAGCCGUCCACCGCCAGCUGCUUUUCUGCAAACAUAUGCUUAACAACCUCCGCCACCGGUCCAUCUCUAAUCGUGAAAGGUUACAGAACGAGAUUCAACUUGCAUUUAAUACUGUUGCCCAGUACGACGCGGGGAUUUCGGUCCAGAUUGGACGCGCUGCGCAGUUAGAUGGCGCAUCAAUGAGGAAAGUUGCUUUCGUCACCAUGAUGUUUUUGCCAGCUACUUUCCUCUCCGCCGUUUUUAGCAUGUCGUUCUUCGACUUCCAAGCCGACUCCGACUCGUGGAACGUAUCGAGCAAGUUCUGGAUUUACUGGGUGUUUGCGAUUCCGAUCACCAUCGCUACCAGUCUUUUGUGGUAUUUCUGGCAUAAAGUCUUUCCUCUUACGCCCGUGGGAUAGUUGGCAAGGGGUAAUAC